UGCACAAGACGUUCGACUUUCCCAAAUUUGGCUUUUGACGGAAGGUGGGAGGAGCGGGUUCGAGCAGACAAUCAUCAAUAGGCAAUGAGCAUAUUCCUCGUCAGCCUCACCAGCUGGCGCAGCUUUGUACUUUCAACUCACCAUUCAUUCCAGUCUGCGCUGAUCACGCACACUGCAUUCAUCGCUCAGCUCGAUCGCACCCGUCUCGCCGAAAGUCACGCACGUUGGCGGCCAAAUCGACACUCUGCCCUCCAAACAGUCACGAAGUUUUUGACACCGAUUACGACUCCCUCAUUCUUAGCGCUCACGACACUUGGCUGGGAGCGGACCUCCACACCAUAGCACCACCAAGCCGGGCACCUGUCCGUGUCCUUUCGCACAUUCUUCUCAACCGUCUUUGCAGCGCUAAAGUUGCCUCCUCCGCACUGCUAGUGACGGGCUAAAGCGGCAGCCACCAUGGCUCGCCUCUUUUCUCGUCGCACCCAGUCGGUACUCCUCACUCUCUUGGCUCUGUUUCUGCUCGGGACAGUGAUAGUGCUAAGUGCUGUGCGAGCAUACUUCAGCAUCGAUCAGAGCGCGUACAUUGAAGCUGAGGAGCUUGGCACUUGGGACGAGAUAAGAUGGGGCAGCGCUACGGAUGAUCUGCCGCUAGGCUGGGCUGCCAGGUAUCCUUGGCUCGCCAAGAUGCUCUCCAGCUCUUCUAGGUCUUCCGAGGGAGCUUUCCCACAUUCGGGCCCGGCCCAAGAAGGCCCACACGCUGCGUCACCCAUGACUGGCUCUCGUGACCCCUCACUGGAUGCCCUCGAGAAGGAUCCAUCUGCACCCGCCUUUGACAACACACCCAAACCAUGGUCACCCACGUCACCUAAAGAGAAGAUUCCCCGGAUCAUCCAUCAGACCUGGAAAGACUCGACCUUGCCUGGGAAGUGGCAGGCGGUUCGCGAAGAAUGUCAAGCAAUGCAUCCAGACUACGAGUACAUGCUGUGGACGGAUGCUGACAGCCGGAAGUUCUUAGUCGAACACUACUCCUGGUUCGUCCCAAUUUUCGACGCGUACCCGUACGCUAUCCAGCGCGCGGAUGCCAUCCGUUACUUCGUGCUUCACAAGUAUGGUGGCAUAUAUAUGGACCUCGACGUUGGCUGUCUUCGCCGCUUUGAUCCGCUCCUCCGCUUUGAAGUCGUCUUACCAAAGACGAUUCCAGUGGGCGUAUCCAACGACAUCAUGCUGUCCGCAAAGGGUCACCCCUUCAUGGAUCAGCUGAUCCACAAUCUCGUCACUUUCAACCAUCGCUACCUGACCAACUAUCCGACAGUCAUGUUCAGCACUGGCCCGAUGUUCGUUAGCGCAUCGUAUCGCAUCUAUGUCGACGCUCAUGGUCCUGCUAUCCCGAGCUCGCCGAGCAAACCGGCCGCAGGGUUCGAGGGUGUCCGAGUGUUGCCCAAAUCGUUGUACGGAAAGAACGCCAAGCCCGGAGAGGCACCCAACGCGUUCUUCAAGCACUUCUAUGGGUCCAGUUGGCAUGCCAACGAUGCAGGCUUCCUCAUCCUGCUGCGAGACUACGGGAAAGGCUUGAUGCUAAUUGGUGCCAUCGUCGUCGCCUAUGGAUUUGCCAAGACGCUUUUGCCCCGUCUCUUGCAUUCGCUUGGUCGCAGAUCGGCGCUAUCUAGUGCCGACAGGCGGAGACGUCGAGGUAGCGCGAACAAUGGUGGUGGGGCGGCACCGUCGUCUAGCGCAGGUCGCUGGAUCAGCCUUCCUAUCCGUGCUGCAGACGCUCGCAGUUCGCGUCGGGCGCACAGCGCAGCGUACGGCAGGCUCCCGGAUGCCGACAAUAGCGAUCCUCUGGACCCUCGUAGUGCGCACAAUAGUCUCACUCGCGUUGCCGCGCCACGGCCACAGAGGUACAGCUUGCCAAUGUUUGACCUGGCCGAUGGCGACGGAGAGGCGGACACUGGCCGGCAUCCGGCAGCGCAAGGUCUGUUGUCCUGGGUCGGCAGCGGCUUCGCCCGCCCACCCACCGCGAGCAGCGAGGCGGAAGAGCGCCAAGUCGCUGCUGAUGGUAGCUCGUCCAGCGGAGGUGGCACUCUGUACUUGCCGGCGUUCUUCGUCGGCGGCAGCUCAUCGACUUCGAGCGAGAGGGCGCGAGCCUCUCCCACAGAGACGGCUGGAUGGGCAAGCGGAGCGCGAACGCGCAUGGGCUCAGACGAGUCCGCUAUGGGCCACUCGAGGGGAAGCAGUCUCGGCACCUGGGCAGCUGGACUGCUUCCACCAAAUUGGCGCGCGGCUUCGCCAAGU